CCUAAAUACUAGUAGCUCUUCAUAGGUAUGAUAUGUAACAUCGAGACUUCCAUUUAUAUACACAAGUCAAAAGCCUAUAUAUAGACAGUAACUAUAUACUACUAGCUUUCUUUUAUUUUACACUGGUUUAUUUAGUUUAGUUUAACUGACGACGCCUAUUUCUUCCUUCCCCAAGAUAGCUAAACGGGAUUUAUUUUCAUAAUCCCCGGGCUCAUUUUUCUUUCUAUUUCUGCUUAACUAAAAGGUUAAGGUGAAUCAAUCAACUGACAAGCAUGGUCGCGGGAAUGGACUGGUAAGCCGGGAACCCGCUGACCCACGAUGCUCCUGCCUGGGUUCCGGACGCGGCCGCGGCGGUACCGCUGCUCGGCUUCAACAUGGUGUUGAUGGGCUUUAUGUCCGGCAUCUUGGGGCUCACACUGGUCUCGUAGCCGACGCCGGGCACGUCUAUGGGUACGCCGCCGACGCCGGUUGUGGUACUGGUAGCUUUGGACGUUGCCGCUCCUGUUCCUGUUCCUGUGGCUUUGGUUCCUGGCACGCUAGUGCUUGAGGUGCUGCUGCUGCUGGGUUUCUGUGCUUGUGAUGUUGAUGAUAAUUUUGUUCCAGAGGCUUCGAUGGGGACGCCGACGCCGACGCCGACGCCGACGCCGGCAGAGUUGGUGCUGCUGGCUUUAGGCGACUUCGAGUUCAAGAUGGUUCCCGUAGGGCUAAGGAAACUAGGGGUCUGCGUUGCCGCUCCAGCGGGGACGCUCGUGCUGGAGGUGGAGGUGGAGCUGUCUCCGGGAAUGAUGGGGACGGGGACGACGACGCCGGCUGCGUUGGUGCUGCUAGCUUGGGGAGGCCUGUCUGUUCCCGAAGCCUUGGUGCCGGAAUGGCUGGUGGUGGUGCCGCUCGGUUUGGGCGAUUCUGUCUGCGAAGCCUUGGUACCGGUACCGGGUGGUUUGGUAUUAGUAUUAGUGCUGGCGGGAGCGGAUGAAUGUGUUCCAGUGGGGACGGGGAUGGGCACCACAACUCCAUCUACCCUGGUGCUGCUUGCGCUGGCUUUGGGCGAUUCCGUUCCUCGGUCCUUGGUCCCUUGCGCACUGGUACCGGUACUGGAGACGUGGGUACUGGUCUUAGGUGGCUCUGUUCCUGAAGCCUUGGUACCUGAGUGAUCAGUGCCGCUAGGUUUGUGCGAUUCCGUCUGUGAGGCCUUGGUGCCAGAUGGGUUCGUGCUGCUUGGUCCAGGUGAACUUGUUUCAGUAGGAUCAUGGAAAGGAACGGGAACGACAACUCCAUCUAACCUAGUACUGCUAGAUUGAGGAGGUUUAUUUGUUCCUGAAGCCUUGGUGCCAGACUGGCUGGUGACGCUGGGCUUAUGCGUUUCCGUCUGCGAAGCCUUGGUACCGGUGUGGUCGGUGCCACUCGGUUUGGGCGAUUCCGUCUGUGAGGCCUUGGUACCGGUGCCGGUGCUGGAUGGUUUUGUAUUGGUGUUGGUAGGAUUAGGAGAAUUUGAAUCAGUGGGAAGGGGAAUAAUGGGAACGACAACUCCAUCUGCUCUGGUGCUGCUAGCUUGAGGAGGUUUAUCUGUUCCUGAAGCCUUAGUGCCAGACUGGCUAGUGACGCUGGGCUUAUGCGUUUCCGUCUGCGAAGCCUUGGUACCGGUGUGGUCGGUGCCACUCGGUUUGGGCGAUUCUGUCUGUGAGGCCUUGGUAGCGGUUCCAGGUGGUUUGGUAUUGGUGUUGGUAGGAUUAGGAGAAUUUGAAUCAGUGGGAAGGGGGAAAAUGGGAACGACAACUCCGUCUGCCCUGGUGCUACUAGCUUGAGGGG